AUCAUUUACUUCUGACGUUCCAGAGCCUCGGGGAGUUGGUUCAAGAUUGCCAGUCUUUGAUAAGGUCCUUGCAACGUCGUAAAACUUUGCUGGUCUUUGAAAACGCUUUCAUCAUUUUGCUGUGUGUCACAAACUUACUGAUAAUUUCGUUCCUAUAUUGUUUACGCUUUUGGAUGCGCACGGAGAAAGAAACGCACUUUUUAUCCGGAUAUCUUUUUUUAACAGGAAAAACCGAGCAGUUGUGUUCUAUCUCUCUUUCGGGACCAGGCCGGCGGUAUUUUACUUUGAAGUCCACAGUUAAACCCUCAACCUAGCUCGUUUUGAAAUAGCCUCAAGGAGUUAUGCCGCCUGCAAUGACUGUUUGAAACAGUACCUGGUGAAACGGGGAAACGCGUCUUCUUUUCAGGAUUUGGUUUCUACUCCUCAGGUUUUAAACAUAGCCCUACAUGUUAACGCGGAGCGCAAAAAAACACGGGCGCGAGACAGAAAUCCAAGACUCUUAUGGCUUGCUUAUGGUGCAAUAGCGGACUACAUUAUUUGCCUUUCUGAAGGGGAAAACUACUAGAUCGAUGAGAGAAGAGGAGCUAAGGAGCUCCCCUGCUGCUUCCAGUUGAGAGAGGCGUAGUGGUGCCGAGCUGCACGCAGCCAAGCGCCGCCACACGGACACGAACGGUGGAGCCAUGAGCAGGGCGCUUACGGAGUCGAUCGGCAGCAGCUUCCGAGAAGAUGCCCCUCGCCCUCCGGUACCGGGGGAAGAGGGAGACGCGUCGUCAUGCCACCACACUCCAAGCAAAUAUGCCAAAAUGAGACCUCAGAACAAGGCUAAGGUGGUCCCCGCCGCCGCAGCCCCUUCGACUUCCACGCCGCGGAGGAACGAGGAUGGUCUCGGGGAACCGGAGGGGAGCGCUUCACCGGACUCGCCACUUGCCCGGUGGACCAAGUCGCUGCACUUUCUCCUGGGCGACCAGGACGGUGCCCAUCUUUUCAGGACAUUUUUGGAGCGGGAGCAAUGCGUGGAUACGUUAGACUUUUGGUUCGCCUGCAACGGCUUCAGGCAGAUGGACCUGAGAGAUUCCAAAACGGUACGAGUUGCCAAAGCGAUUUACAAGCGGUACAUCGAAAACAACAGCAUCGUGGCGAAGCAAAUGAAACCCGCGACCAAGGCAUACAUAAAGGAUUCUAUCAAAAAGCAACAGAUAGACUCGGCGAUGUUCGACCAGGCACAGACUGAGAUCCAGGCGACCAUGGAGGAGAAUGCUUACCAGAUGUUUUUAACUUCUGACAUAUACCUCGAGUACGUUCGCACCGGGUGCGAGAACGCAGCCUACGCGAAUCACGGCAAUCUUGGAAGUCUGAAGUUGAUGUGUGGCUAUCUUCCCCCGUUAAUUGAGGACAAGGAGUGGAAUUGCAGUGACUUGAAAGUGAAAGCUUUGGCCACCGUGGUCGGACUAUCAGAGAAAACGCUACGAGCUACUGUUUCCAUACGGACAACUGAAGUGAUAGAACAUGCCUGCAGGUCGCAGAGGCGUGGCGGCGAGUUGCAGAGUCCGUACUUUGUCAACUCGGGUCACGUGUUCGCCCCGGCCACCAGUGCGGUCGACAGCGAGAUCUCCAGCGACGCCAUGACGGACGACUCCAUGUCCAUGACAGACAGCAGUGUUGAUGGCAUCCCGCCGUACAAGCUGGGCAGCAGGAAACAGAUCCAGAGGGAGAUGAACCGGAGCGUCAAGAUCAACGGCCAGGUCUCCCUCCCACACUUCCCGAGGACGCAUCGGUUACCGAGGGAGAUGACCCCCGUGGAGCCGUCGGCCUUCGCCGCUCAGCUGAUCUCCCGACUGGAGAAGCUGAGGAGGGAGCAGGAGACGCUGAGCUCCCUGGAGGAGCGACUACAGCAGAUCCAGGAGGAGGAUGAGAGGGACGAGAGUAACGACAUGCUCAGCAGCAGCAGCAGCAGCAACCCCCACCAUCCCCACCACCCUCACCCCCACCCGCUCGGCCUCCUGCCCCCCCCCUCGGGCACCUCCUGCGGCGAGGAGGACCCCCAGGCCAUCCUGGACGAGCACCUGUCCCGCGUCCUCAAGACACCUGGCUGCCAGUCGCCCGGCGUCCCCGUCCCGCGCUUCUCCCCGCGCUCCCAAUCGCCCGAGCGCUGCGGCGCCGGCGGCACCUCCUCCACCACCACUUCGGCACACGCCACCAACCCCAACAACCUUUUCCUGGGCACGGCCAGCCCCUCGUCCUACGGCGUGCCCGGCAAGGGCUCCGUGUCGCUGGGCAGACAGUCCACCAAGCACAUCCACCACCACUACAUCCAUCACCACCACGCGGCGGCCUCCUCCUCCACCUCCUCCCCCUCUUCCUCCUCGUCCCCCUCGGCGGCGGCCAAGAGUAAGCAGCAGAUGGAGGCGGAGGCGGCGCAGCGUGUGGCCCAGUGCAUGUGCCCGGCGGCCAAUGGCACCACCACCACCGCAGCAGGCUCCACCUCUGACUACUCCAGCUACCAACGCUGCCACAGCCCGGCCGAGUUCAGCUCCGGGCGCUCCAGCACUUUGUCCAAGCGGCCCGGCAAGGCCAGCGAUGGCAUGAGCAGCGUCAGCCUAUCAGGAGGAGGCGCAGGAGGAGGAGAGGGAAGCACCUCCCCUCAGCUGCCCUCCGACGGCACCGACCGCUCACACACCGUCUGGCAGUGGAUACUGGACAGCGAGAGGCAAAACCGACACAAGCCACACAGCACUCAAGGCGUGAAGAAGACCGACGCGCCCUCCAAAACUCUUCCCUCGCGGACGCCAUCUUGGGGUGGAGGCGGCAUCGUGCCUAAUCCCGCCACCUCUCGUCACCACCACCACCCUGGCCACCCCUUCAUCCAAGACCCCGCCAUGCCCCCCCUGCCCCCUCCCAACACUCUGGCACAACUCGAGGAGGCCUGUCGGCGUCUGGAAGAAGUCUCCAAGCCCCCCAAACAAAGCAGACAUUCGCUACCCAGCAGCAGCCUUCAAAGAGACAGGGCCCACCCGCAACCUUUCACCAACGGGAACGCGAACGGAGGAGUUCCAGCCAGUCCCAGCCUUCCUGCAACAGACGACUGGAAGGAGCCUAAGAAGCCAUGCAGUAACCAUAGCAACGGAGUCCAGCAGCAGCAUCAGCAACCGCAGCCGCAGGCACCUUCGUCAUCAACACCGCUGCUACUACUACCGUCGUCAUCCUCGUCCUCGUCUUCGGUAGCGGCGCCGGCUGCUGCUCCGUCGUCGUCGUCGGGCUCCUCGGAGCUGGUGGUCACGUACUUCUUCUGCGGCGAGGAGAUCCCGUACCGGCGCAUGAUGAAGACACACAGCCUGACGCUCGGCCACUUCAAGGAGCAGCUUCGCAAGAAGGGCAACUACAGGUACUACUUCAAGAGGCCCAGUGACGAGUUUGAGUGCGGCGCGGUGUUCGAGGAGGUGUGGGACGACGGCACGGUGUUGCCCAUGUACGAGGGCAAAGUGCUGGGCAAAGUCGAGAGGAUGGACUAAAUCUCGCAAAAAACGGCGUUGGCGGAAUUGAAGAAGACCGACAACCCCCCCAUCCCCCACCCUCACCUGCAAGCCCCAAACGGCAACAACUCACUACACUACACUACACUACACCGCACCACACCACACCACACCACACCACACUUCACGACAGUACACCACACUACAAUACCACUACAGGACAUUUCUACUGGACUCGGCAGCACCCCAGUCGUCUUCUAAGCUACGCAAAGUUAAUAUAUCCAAACAAAUGACUGCAGGCAGGACACAUAGUAGUAAAGCUAUUGAAGGAAAUAAACACAAACACUAAAAAAGGACACAACAACUAAACAAUGAAGUACUCUGAAGAGUGGAGGAGCAAGAUCCGUAAAGUAGACGAAGAAGAAGAAGACAAAAAAAAAAUAACAUCCUUAUUCAACCCUCAGCCUUAGACCCGUUAGGGAAUGGGAUUCUGGGUACUGUAGUUCCCAGACCAGACAGGCCCCCUCCACUCUGACUUUAACCACUGAAGACAAAGACUGUUUGUUUUGGAGAGGUGUGAUAGGUGAAAUGCACAAGCAGAAGCCCCUGCGCCAUGUCUAAUGGACAACACCGACAUGGUCAUGGAACCUGCUGUACUAAAAAAAAAAAAAACCUAUGUUGAAAUGUCCAUACGUGUGCAUAUACAUACAGGCCUUUAUGUAUAUUUACAUGUAUUCACCACAGAUGUUGUCACUUGGAUUUUUUUUUAAAUUAUUAUUUUGGAAUUGUUUUUUUUAUUAAUUAUGUGUAUUUUGUUAAAAGAAAAGUUUAUUAUUGAGUAUUUAUUAUUAAAUUGUUCGACCUUAUUCCCCUCCCAACCCCUGCAAAUGUACACUCCCCCACGUCCUAAUUGAGGGACUAGCUGCUUUCAGAGUCAUGGGAUAGAGAGGAGAGUUGUGUUUUUUGUGCUGGAUCUUUACGCCAGGUUAAUUGAUUGAUCAAUUAAGGUUAAUUGAUCUACUACACCCUGUGGACUAAUGACUGACUCAAAAACUGGAGCUUGAUUGGUUCGAGUUUCACACCCACCCAGCCAGCCUGACACUAUAGGAGCAGCCGCCAUCGUUUACCUCUGCUAAUGUCAGUCAGUUGGUUAAAGUGUCGGGAGACCAGAGGCAGAGAAGAUUCCAGAAGCGUAGUAAUGAGCACGUCCGCUCUAAACGUUUUUUUUUUUUUUUUUUUAAAUACUGAUACUGACAGCUCGCACCCACUACACCCCUCACCAAUCAACCCCCCUACCCCCCCUGCCAUACCCCGUCCAUCCAUCCGUCCCCAAAAUCAGAGCUCUUUCCUUUGUGCCUUUUGUUUAGGUGUGGGAAUUGGAGAAGAAUAUAAGUGAAUUCAGGUAAAUUGGGCCACUUUGGGCCAUUCGCUUAUAUGCAAAAAAGAAAAAAAAAGAAGAAAAAAAAAGGUGGCCCAAUUUACCUGAAUUCAGCAUAUAUAGAAGCAGUGAGGAGGAAACGUUAAGUGCUAUAGAAAUGUUUUUGCCAUCCGCCCAGCAGUCCACAAGAGAGUGUUUACAAUGCUGUGAAAUCAAAAAUAAGAAGAAUAAUGAUCAUGACAAACAAACAUGCAACAUCCAUGAGCUCUUUUUUUCCACCACCACCACCCCCAAAAACAAUUGGCCUUGUCCCCCCCCACCCCUCACCCCUCAUAUGGUCUCAAGUCCUGUGCCCUUUACUGACAACAAGACCGGGGCUUCUCAGAAUGUCAGUCCCCCUACAGCUCCACCCUCUCCCCGCUUCCUGGGGUGCAUUCCUCAAAAGAGAAGUUGUUAGCCUGUUAGCAACUUCGGUAGUUGCCAAUGUGAAAAUGCAUUGAAAACAACAAAGUAGCUAAUGUAGAAAGCAACUUCGGUUUCGAGAAAUGCACCCCUGGAGUCACAAGUCGUGGCUCCUGAGGGGUAAAUCUAAUGACGUGGUUCAGUAUCUGCCCCUGCUGAUAUAAGUUAACCCAGAGUGAGACGUACAGUUAACCAUCUAAUGGAAGAGACUUUGAUUUUGUAUCUUCAAUUGAAACAGACAGAGCCACUUGUCAGGUCACUUGUAUUAGUUGAUUUACCACUUGCCCUGCCGCGUUAUCAUACGCAGGUAAUAGACUGUAAAGCUGCUGUCUGGAAUAUACCCCCUCGUGUACACGUUGGAAUGGUGCAUCGCAAGCUGCAGAGACACUACGAUGAUGUAAUGUUGUUCUGGUUCCUCUCGUUCGUUCAGCACCUGUGCCUACAUGGAGACGAUACCGUGUAUUUACCCUGAUUCAGGGUCUAUUCUUCCCUCGGUUUUUACAAGGGCUUUAUGUUGAAAAGAUAUUUUUAUGCUUUUAAUAUUCUGUAAUCAUUGUUUUUUUUGUUUUUGUUUUUUUUUGUACAUUGUUUUUUUGUUCUAUCUAAACUGUAAAAUAUACAUUAUAUAAAGAGUUUCAUUUAAAGAUUUACAUGGACCUAUAAUUAUUGUAAUUAUUAUUAAGAGA